AUGGCAAACAAGCUUAAGAGUGGCCCACCAUUCCGGGCCGAGCAAAUGGGCUCCCUACUGCGUCCAGACAGCCUGCUUGAGGUGCGCGAGAAGAUUGCCAAUACGGGAGUCUCCGCCGAAGCUGCUGGACUGCCAGCUGUUGAACAAGAAGCCGUCCGCGAGGUCGUCAAGAUGCAGCAAGAGCUCGGAUUCAAGGCCGUUACUUCCGGCGAAUAUAACCGCACCCGAUUUUGGGGAUUGAUGUGGGAUGAGUUCGAGGGAACAAUCCGCCUCCAAGAUGCCGAAUCCUCAAUGUUCAGACUCUACCACCCAGACGUGGUAAGCCUGAUCGAAAAAGACCGCAAAGUAAUGCCUGGCGACUCCGUCAUCGCCGGCAGCAAGCUCUCCCACAGCACCUCGGCCUCGCAGUCCAACCUGCACGAGCUCAAGCUAGUGCAGGCAUCUCUGCCAGAGAGCGAAUGGCACAAUAUCAAGCUGACAAUGAUCAUGCCCGCUUGGUUCCACAUGCGGUACAAGCAAGGGCGCGCAUACACUGCAGAGGCCUACUCCAACGACGCAGAGUACUUCGCCGACGUCGCGAAGGUGUAUCGCGCUGAGCUUGCGUCGCUGUAUGCAGCCGGUCUGCGGAACGUGCAGUUCGAUGACCCUGGAAUGGCGUAUUUCUGCUCCACUGCGUUCCGGGAGGGAUGGGCGGCUGAUGCCGAUAAUGAGGGGUCUGUUGAGGACUUGCUGGAUGCUUAUAUUAAGCUUUACAACGAUUGUGUUGCUGAACUGCCUGCUGAUAUGCACACGGGUAUUCAUCUUUGUCGGGGCAACUUUAUUGGUGGAAGAUACUUCUCUGAGGGAUCUUAUGAUAUCAUUGCGAAGAAGUUGUUUGAGGACUUGGAUGUUGAUACUUUCUAUUUGGAGUAUGAUACUGAGCGGGCUGGUGGAUUCGAGCCGUUGAAGUUCUUGCCGAAGAAUAAGAAUGUUGUUGUUGGGGUUAUUAGUACUAAGGUGCGGGAUUUGGAGGAUAAAGAGGCUAUGAAGGAGCGUGUUUAUUCGGCUGCUGAUUUUGUUGCUGAGGGCUCUGGGGAGACUAGGGAGGAGGCUCUCAAGAGGGUUUGUAUCAGUCCUCAGUGUGGGUUCAGUACUCAUGAGAGUGGGUAUCCUCUUCUCGUUGAGCAUCAGAAGAAGAAGUUGGGUUUGGUGAGGGAAAUUGCGGAUGAGGUUUGGGGGGAGGCUUGA